AUGGCCGCCAAAGGCCCACGUCUCCCAGAACGGCUCAUCGACGCGCCCUCGCAGCGGUUGUACAUCCUCAGUCUCGGCCUCGCGCUUCAAGCCUUGAAAGCAUUCUCCUUUUUCGGCGCAUUGAUCGAAGGUCACUCUGUCAGGUUCUUCUUCAAAUGGGUGCUCUACGACGCGUUAUUUCUCCUCUUCCUCCGCUUCUUGCGCAUACCACGCUUGACUUUUCGUUGGCAGUCGAGCGUGUUGCAAAUAGCCUUGUUGGGCUUGAUCAACUGGCUAUUAUUUGGGAAUUAUACACUCAGCUUUAGCGGAGCGAGUUUCGUUCCAGCACUCGUUUACAACAUCUGGCAAAAGCUUCGUGGGGACUAUGUUGGAAUUGAUGGCUACAAAGUGUCCAUAAGCGAGCUUUUCCGUGGCGACAAGCAUUUGCUCGGCCAGCACACCGUCAAGCUUUCUCCUAUCAGCACGGCAAAACUCAACCCUUACCUUGAAUCGUUCUGCAUUCCCGACCACGUUGGCCAUGCCUUCGUCCCGGUCUUGUUCAACAACACAGAGCCAACGUACAUUACGUACACUCUCGCAAGUUUACACGACCCAACUAGUCGGAGCACCCACCACAUCAAGAAGAAAGACAUUCUCUCGCGAGUGGAUGCCCACCAAAUGGUCGAAACCGUCGCCGCAGAAGAAUCAGCGGCGGCUGUCCUUAGUGAGGACGAGGCGUUCGACAUUGAAUUUGGAGAGUAUGACGACCCACGCGUCAAAUCUGCUCAGCUUUCGCAGCAACAAAAGACCUCGACAGACAAACAUCCACCCCUGCAGAAAACGCAGCGUCUGAGAUGGAUCAAGGUUAACAAGCCGGGUAUCCUGAGAUUGGAGAACGUUCAGGAUGGACGAACCGAGGUUCGCUUGAGAGCCGUGACAACCACUGUUGUCAAUUGCCCAUCAGCAAAGUUUGUCGGUGCUGAAGAUAAUAAGGUCCGGUGUCACGGGGAAAAGGAACAGAUUAACAUGCAGAUGUUUGGCGUACCCCCUCUUACGCUUGAAUGGCAGCGAGAGCUUGCUGGGAAGCGGGAAGUAACCACUGUCGAGGGUCUUGAUCCCACCAAAGACAGACCGAAGGAGUCCUCCUUUGUGGCAAGGGAGCUCACAGUUCCACUGGCUCUGGAUCUAGACUCGCUAGGCGAGCAUGUCUAUUCCCUAAACUCGAUUACCGACGGUCUAGGCAACCGAGUGGACUUUUUCACUCAUACGCACCGCCACAAAGCCGAUUACACUCGCACCAUCUCUGUUCUCAAGCCAGCUGAAUUCGCCUUUGACAAGUGCCGCGCUGGCGAAUCGGUCAAUCUUUUGCAAGGAGAAGAUGCCACUCUCUCCAUCUCUGCACGCUCUGGUGAUCAGCGAGAUGGGCCUUGGAGAAUUGCAGUUCAAUACACGCCUACCACGCUCGAGGCUAGCGGUGCGAAUCCGAGUACGGUGGCAAAGGGAUGGACAAAGGAACUGGUGGCUACAGACAGGAACCUCAAGUUCAAAGUUGAUGCACCUGGUACAUAUCGCCUGCUCAGCGCAAAAGGACAGGUCUGUAGAAGUGAUAUCCUCAGUCCUGAGAGUUGUCGCGUCAUCGAGGUGCCUCGACCCAAAGCAGAUAUUGAAUGGCACAAGCUCCAUGAAUGUUCCGGCGAUGUUGGAGUUACCGCGAAUCUUGUUCUGCACGGUACUCCGCCAUUCCGUGUUCACUAUACGACGCAACACAACGGUGGCCAUGAGACUACAAACUCGACCGUCAUUGAUGGGUCUCGAGGCGAGAUCACACUCCAGCCUGAGCGGAGUGGCAGCUACGUCUACAAGUUCACAGCUCUUUCCGACAAGAACUACAGGAACAUUCCUCUCAAUGGUCCCGUCAUCAAGCAAACAGUUCAUCCAUUGGCGGGUGCUAUGUUUGCUGGUACUGCCGGUCGAGGUCGAACGCGAGAGACGACAGUCCAAAGCUGCUCUGGCGAUGUAGUCGACAUUCCAGUGAUCUUAAAGGGAACUGCGCCCUGGAACUUGGAGUUGCAGGUUGUAGGACCUAGCGGAACGGAAAAGUUCCAAGUCAAUGGUAUCAAGAAGGACAAGCACACGGUCAGCGUCAAGAUCCCGAAGGAUGUGGAUAAGGAUGGCGGUACAAUACUUGUGGACCUCGUUUCCGUCGAGGACGCAAAUGGCUGCAAGCAGAUCCUGGUAGUGCCAGGUGUAUCUGUUAAUGUCCGAAGAGUCAAGCCAACUGCCAAGUUUUAUGCAAAGGACGGAGUCAGGACAACCCAAGUACUGGUUGGCGAAAAGGCGAGGCUGCCUUUGCGACUCACGGGUGACGGGCCUUGGUCUGUUGCGUGGCGUCACAUGGCCUUCCCUGAACGUAUCAGGAGAGAACGUUUCGACUCGGCAAACGAUGUCCUUGUGGUGAAAUUACCAGGAGUGUAUGAGAUUGUCGAGGUCACGGGAGAUCAAUGUCCUGGAACCGUAAUUGUUCCAGAACACACAUACAUUGUCGAGCACAUUCCUCUCCCAAGCAUUCGACUUGCGAAAGACACACGCGUCUCACAAGCGAGGAAUGGGUCUCACAUCCGGCCACCUGUCUGCGUCUCUGCACCUGAUUAUGUGGAUAUCUCUCUCCAAGGAGCUCCUCCUUUCCAGGUCACAUAUCAGACCACGUUGGAUAAGGAAAGGCCGGAGCAGCAUCAGUUCAGCUCAUUGCAACCAGAUUAUCGACUCCCACUGCUCACCAAUCGUGCCGGUCGUGUAUUCUACGAGAUCCUCGCACUGGGCGAUGCGCGAUACUCACCGCAAACGGAAAACCGCGAAGCAACAAGUCUCAAGUGGGAGCAACAAGUACUUGCGAGGCCCAACGCCUAUUUCAAGAACUCUGCUCGCUUGUCUUAUUGCUUGAAUGACGCGUUCAUGCCAAGGCCCGAGCAUCAAGUGAGCCAGGACGGUCUCAUGGUCCUCUCUGGGAAGCCACCGUUCAUCGUGCAUUUCACGAUACAGAACAUGGCCUCGAGUGAGGUGAAAAAGGAGAUGCUGGAACUUUCCACGCAUGAGUGGCAGCCCCAGUUUCCCGAUUAUUUCUUCACUACGGUGGGCUCUUAUCUCAUCACAAUUGAUUCUGUACACGAUGCAUCGAGCUGCGAGGAGGUCAAGGACGAUAUGGAGCGAAGAAAACUCUGGGUAGAUGUCGCUGAGACGGCGAUGAUUGUACCGUUCGAACGGAGGACAGACGUCUGUGUUGGCGAUCUAUUACAGUUCCAGCUGGAAGGUAUUCCUCCGUGGACGAUCAACUAUCGUUUCAACGACAAGAUUCGACAAACGAUUCAGAGGCAACCAAAAUACACCACAGUGGCCAAUGUUCCCGGCGAUUUCUCCGUGGUGUCAAUCGCGCAUCAGCAAGCGCAAUGCCAAACUACGAUUUCGGAGGUCAAACUCAAGGUACACGAGAUUCCUUCUGCACAAGUCAGCCAUGGCACUAGGUUUGAAGAAAACAUCAGAGAAGGCGAACAAGCGGAGAUCGUCUUUACUCUUAUCGGUGAACCGCCCUUCACGUUUACAUAUCAACGCGCCGAGCUAGCACAAUACGCUCGCGGUCGCAAACCAAAAGUUUUGGAGACGCACACCGUUGCGGGCAUUAUGAGCUCGGAAUACUCAAUCUUCUCAUCAGCAGAAGGGACAUGGACGGUGACCUUUAUCGCCGAUAAGUGGUGCAGAUAUCCACCAGCAAAGACAGAUCCAUCAAUUGAAAGCGUAUAG